GGGUAAAUACGAAAGAGGUUUUGUUGUAUGGAGUCCACACGAGCACGUCUCAAAGCUCCGCCCUCGACGAUUCAAAAUGAUGUUCUUGUGUGAGGGACUGAGCGAGCGAGAGAGGGGGAGAGCGAGAGCGCAAUCGGUCGGAAAUCACUUCACUCUCACAUAGGCUUUCCACAGUAUAGACGCGCGCGGUGAGCUGCGGCAAGAGCGCGAGCCCCGGCGUCCUCGGUAACUCUCAAUGCUGAACUGACGAUGAGAGCACGCGCACUGGACACUAUCGGACAUAGCCUUGGAAGAUUUUUCUGUUUUCACUUUUACGCACAGACAGUUGUGGACUGAAGGCUGAAGUUUUGGAGGAUGUUGUCGUGUGGAAUUGGAGGUUUCGGGAUGCUGUGAGUCCGGUCCGGAGUAGCGCUGGUUCGGGGUUUCCUUCCGUGCGCAAGGAGAGGACACAUCUCUCUGAUGUGCGUAACCCAAGUUGCGCGCUCUUAUUUUCUGACGUGACACUUUUUGCGACUAUAUUAGCGUACCCUUCGUAUUAAAAAGAGGAUUUUUCAUGAGAAACAAGAGAGCUCACAGCGGAAAAGGGUGCUUUUUUGUAUCGACAGGAUUGCGGUGGUGCUGAAUUUUGGAUACCCAAGCGCUUUAUUUGUAGUGUGGAAAAGGAAAGCGGCUUUCAGACCGACUCUAUCAGUCAAGACUAAGAGGAGCAACUAUCCGCUAAGCAACAGACUGACGAUGUGCCAGAGUGCCAAUGCGAUGUGGUCACGGUGGAGUGCCAUGCUAGUGUGGAUUUUGCUUCUCCUCUGCUGCUCUGCAAAUGUAGUCAACACCAUUCUCUACCAGGUGACCGAGGAGCAGCCGCCCAACACCCUGAUUGGCAGCUUGGCAUCUGACCAGGGCCUGCCAGACACAGGUCACCUUUACAAGCUGGAGGUUGGUGCUCCUUACCUCCGCGUGGAUGGCAAAACCGGGGAUAUCUACACCACGGAGAACUCUAUCGAUCGGGAGUCUCUUAAAGACUGUCGCAACCUUUUCGAGGGCGAUCCUUGUUUCCUAGAAUUUGAGGUGUCUAUUACAGACCUGAUGAAAGGCACAGGACCUCGGCUUAUUGAAGGCCGCAUUGAGAUCUUGGAUGAGAACGACAACACUCCACAAUUCUCCUCACCCGUCUUGACAUUGUCGAUCCCAGAAAACACUCACGUGGGUGCACUUUUUGCAAUUCCUGUAGCCACGGACAGGGAUUCUGGAAGCAAUGGCAUUGCUGAUUAUGCGCUAACCACCGGCCCUGAAGCUACCAACCUUUUUAGCCUGCAGGUGGCACAAGACUCUGACGAGAAAUUACCGCAACUCAUUGUAUUGGGUAACCUGGAUAGAGAACUGCGAGAUUCAUACGACCUCAAUAUAAAAGUGGUUGACGGCGGCUCUCCACCCCGCCAGAGUAGCGCCCUCCUCAGGAUCACCAUAACAGAUGCUAAUGACAAUGUCCCCAAGUUUGAGAGGUCACACUACGAGGGUGAGCUGCCAGAAAACAGCCCAGUGGGUCAUUCUGUCCUUCAAGUGAAGGCCAAUGACUCUGACAUGGGACCCAAUGGUGAGGUUACCUACAGCCUCCAUCAGCCAUCAUCACCAGUGAUGAGACUUCUAAGCAUUGACCGCAACACAGGCAUCAUUUUUGUCAAAGGCUCAGUAGAUCGUGAAGAAAUCAGCAUUCUCAAGUUCUACGUCCAAGCUAAAGACAACGGUCCUCAGUCAAAGAGCUCCAAAGCCCUUGUGACUAUCACAGUGAAAGAUCAGAAUGACAACGCACCCUCCAUUAGAAUCCGAGGCAUUGGCCUUGUAACGCAUGAAGAUGGUGUCGCUAACAUAUCAGAGGACAUGCCUGUUGGCACAGCUGUGGCUUUGGUGGAGGUAUCAGAUCGUGAUGAGGGCGAAAAUGCAGUUGUUACCUGUGUGGUUGCUGGGGAUGUCCCGUUCCAGCUACGCUCAGCAAGUGAAACAGGCAAUGACCGCAAAAGGAAGUACUUCCUCCAGACGACCACGCUACUGGACUAUGAACGGAUCAAAGAGUAUAGGAUUGAAAUUGUAGCAGUGGACUCUGGCAACCCUGCACUAUCCAGCACUAAUUCUCUGAAGGUGCAAGUGACAGACAUGAAUGACAAUGCCCCAGUGUUCUCGCCUACUUUGUAUGAGGUAGAAUUUUUUGAGGAGAACCAGCCAGGUGACAAGGUUCUGGAUGUGGUAGCCACAGACGCCGACAGUGGGACUAAUGCAGAGUUGACAUACAGCAUCACUGGUGGAUCAGUUCCUGAGGGGCUCUUUGAAAUUAACCCUAAUACAGGAGAAGUGCGUGUCAUGAGCCAGUUGGACCGUGAACAAUUAGAUCACUAUCAAUUUCUGGUCGCAGCAGCUGAUAAAGGUGUACCAAGCCUAAGAGGAACUGCCACUGUUGUUGUUAAGGUGCUUGACAGGAAUGACAAUGACCCUAAAUUUAUGCUGAAUGGUUAUAGUUUUUCAGUCCAAGAGAACAUGCCACCACUUAGUCCUGUUGGAAUGGUAACAGUCAAUGAUCACGAUGAAGGUGAAAAUGCUCGUGUUCAACUUUCUGUAGAACCAGACAAUGGAAAGUUUAUGAUUCAAAAUGGAACGUACACCAUCCUCUCGACUAUUUCCUUUGACAGGGAAAAGGAGAGCACCUACAGUUUCCGAUUGAAAGCUGUUGAUGGAGGUGACCCACCACGCUCCUCCUACGUUGGCAUUACUAUUAAUGUUCUUGAUGAGAACGACAAUGCUCCCUAUGUAACCAAACCCGCAAACUCCUCAUACAAGUUCUUGGAUCCCCGCACCAGCCCAGAAACCCACGUAGAAAGCGUUGAGGCAGAAGACAUUGACAUUGGUUUAAAUUCUGAGCUGGACUUCAAUAUUGUGGGGGGUAACCCUCAUGGCUUGUUCCGCAUCUCCUCGGAAGGUGAGAUUACGUUGGCUAAAGAGUUCACACCCAAACACAUUGGUCUCCACCGACUGGUUGUAAAAGUUAAGGACAAAGGCACGCCACCACGCCAAACGACUGCACUGGUACACAUCUAUGUCAAUGAGACCAUUGGCAAUGUUUCUCACGUUGAAGGACUUGUUGGUCACAGUCUUUAUACACCACUUGAAAUGGACAUUGCAGGUGAUCCAGAUUAUUCUCGAGACCCACACAGUAACAUUCUCUUUGCAGUCUUGGGUGGCUUUUCUGUGGUCAUUCUCAUCAUUGUGGUGGCCAUGAUCAUCAGGCAUCUUGUACUGAAGGAGAACAAAAGUGGCUACCAGGCAGGCAAAAAAGAGACCAAAGACCUAUAUGCCCCCAAACCAGGACCUAAGAGCAACAAGAACAAAAAGGCAAAGAAAAGUAAAGCGCCAAAGCCUGCCAACCCUUCUGAGGAGGAUGAGGGGGGAACUCUUCAGAAAGGCCUAAAGUUCAAUCUCAUGAAUGAAAAUGUCAACGAUAGCCCUAGGAUUCACCUGCCACUCAACUACCCUCCCGGGAGCCCAGACCUAGGGCGACACUAUCGGUCUAAUUCUCCUCUGCCAUCCAUUCAGCUCCAACCUCAAUCACCAUCUGCCUCAAAGAAACACCAGGCAGUGCAGGACCUGCCAGCCACCAACACCUUUGUAGGAACCGGGGACAACAACUCAACGGGCUCAGACCAGUAUUCGGAUUACAGCUACAAGGCCAACUCUUCGAAAUAUAGCACCAAACAGCUCCCACAUCGCCGAGUGACCUUCUCCACAGCCAAUCAGGCGCAGGAUCUUCAGGACCCCUCUCAGCACAGCUACUAUGACAGCGGUCUGGAAGAGUCAGAGACGCCCAGCAGUAAGAGUUCUUCAGGGCCCCGUAUCGGCCCCCUCGCCCUUCCCGAAGACCACUACGAGCGCACCACCCCGGACGGCAGCAUUGGAGAGAUGGAACACCCCGAGAACGGUGCUGUAACGGGCGUUGACCAAGAGAAGGGGGCCGGCCAAAAAAGACUGCCUUAAACGUUCUUCUUUUUCCAAAAUGUUCUUCUUUUUGCUCUGCGGGAGUAGGACAGAGCUUGCCUCUUGUCACAGUUUGCCAUAACACAUAUCUCUUCAUCUCUGAAAUAUAUAUAACUACCUUUUUUGCGCACAUAAACAAUGAGAAAACCAAACGGACAAAGUCGGAAAGGAAAAAACUGACGGGCUGAUGUUUGUCACCUCCCCCAACCCUGACUUUUUUUUCCUCCGUAGCUUUUUGGGAGCGGAUAUCUGUCUUCUAAGGACACUGCAAGGAAUUUGGACUAAUGGAUUUGUGAUAUCUACGUUUUUGCCUCCUCUCCGCUGUGCGUUUCUUCCCUUUGCUAUGAACUCUUUUGUACGGACUCACCCCCUUCUCUCUUCCCUGUCUUCUCCUGUCCCCUUUUGAAACCCAUUGGAGUCUUACUAUCAUUGCAAACACCCAGGGUUUGGUAGGUAUGCCUUCUCUCUCUUUUUCAAUAUCCUCUCUUCACUUUUUUCUCCUCUCUGUCUUCUUUUCCCUGCCACAGCCAGACUCAUUCACAUCCAUUGAAAAAUCACCUAAGAGCACUUAAUAGCUCUUCUAUAAUGCACUCUGACCUCUUAUCAAAUACAGCAACAGCAUUUUUUUUUUAGUCCCAUAACUUGCGGUCUUUCUCAUCUCUCUACAUUAAAAAAAAAGAGGGAAUAGUUUUAUAAAAUAAAAGAUUGCACUGCAGCCGAAUCGAAUGAUGAAUUUGCACUUUGCUCAUAUUUCCCUCCUUUGCUCAUUUUUUGUCAUCCAUCCAAACACCCGAAAUUACACCUAGACAAGAAAAUGAUCACCGUUUUGGCUUCAUCUGACAUUUACUGUACAAACCUGAACACAAGUUGUGUUUGUUAAUUAGAUUGGGUGACUUUAGGGUUAGAAAUUAACAAAUUAUUAUUAUAAAAAAGCCUUGCAAAUUCAAGAUAUGGGGCCAAAAAAUGCCUUACUAAUGAAAAGCAUCAAUUUGUAUGUUGCCUACAGUUUUUUUAUAGGCAAUCACACAUUGUGGUUGCACUUCUGAAUGCAGUGGCCAAUCAGAGGCAUUUGUUAAAGUGACUGGGUGAUUGCAGGGUUGGAAAUGAAUGGGGCAAAUAAAAAAUAAAUAUCCCCACAAAAUUGCACAGUUUAAAAAAAUGAAACAGUUGUCAAUUAGUAUGUUGCAUCAUGUGUCUUUUUGGGCAGUCACACACAUUUCUGUUGCACUUGGGAAUGUAAUAGCCAAUCAGGGGCAUUUGUUAACUGUUAAAUGGAUGACUGACGAUUUGUAAAGUCGCUUGGGCUAAAUGACUCAGAAUGGCACAAUAAAUACCAUGCUCAUUUACAAACGAGAAAGUCAAUUAGCAUUAUUUAUUUAUUUAUUUACUUAUUUAUUUAUUUAUUUAUUUAUUUAUUUAUUUAUUUAUUUGCUUGCUUGCUUUAAAUUAGGAUUUUGUUUACUUAUUUGAAAGCUAAGCAUUGUAACCAAUUGCAAACAUUUCUCUUGUGCUUACACUAAAAUAUUCUACCUUAAAUUUACAGUAAAUUAUUGGCUAAUAGUUGCAUUACUUUCACUGUAAUGUACUGCAUGUAAAUUCACUUUAAAUUACUGUAAGGUUGUACAUAAUAAACAUAAUUCUGUAAUAAUUUCAAAGUAUCAAAAAAGUGCUUGUACUAGCAAUUCAUGUGUAUUAAUUUCUUUGUUGAAUGAAAUAAAGUGUUGGAAUUCCUAUAACUAGCGUGCAAAAGAUAUAGCCCCUUUUAACAGUAAUUUGCGGUAAUCAUGAUGCCUGCCUUAUUACAAUAAAAUUCUGAAAAAAAUGUCAAAAUUAAAUCCUAUAAAGGAAUAUUAAUGUAAUUCACUGCGAAAAUUACAGUAACAAGUUGUGAAAUUCUGGUAAUAUUUUACAGUGUAUGAAUCUGAGGCAUUUACUGUAGAUUAGACAAAAUGAUCCAUAAAUUCUCUUAGCAUACACAUUAAUGCAGAUAAAAUACAAGUAAGAUGCUAAUUUUAAUAUUUAAUUCAAAUGAGAUUUGUUUAAUUCUCAACAGAUUGUUUAAUAAUAAUGUUUUAUAGUAAAGUAUUUGUAAAAUAUUCAGAUUAACUGAAGUCAUUAGUUUUGUUUAAGUAUUUUAGUACAGGAUUUCAUGUAAAAGGCAACAUGGCCCUUAUAAAGGUUUUUAAAAGAUGCCACAGAAAUCAAUACCUGAAGUAAAAUCUUGGCCCUUAAAAUAAAAGUUAAUUUCUGACCCUGGAUGACUGUUACAUAAACUCCAUUCCAGUGUUUCUCUCUUUCUAUCUCUCUCUCUCUCUCUUUUGCUUUGAUGAAGGCAUUGACCUGUUCGCCUCACACCAAUGACUGUGCCACAAUGUAAGACAGACACCAAAUACACGUUUGCCUUUGAACAGAAAACACGAAUUGAUGUGAAUAUUGUAGACGUCGACAUUCCUGCGUCUCUACGCAGGGGGGAACUUGUGUAAAUAUGUAACUAGCUUUGAAUGAUAUUUAUCAAAUAUAUAAAUAUAUAUAAAUAUUAUAAAUACACGGUACACCUGACAGUAUGUCCGUAAUGUGAACAAUUUAUUUUAUGAUCACAUAUGGGAUUUUUUCUUCUCGGUGUGUCUGAGACAACGAUUACAGAAGCAGUAGAUGGGCAGGCUAGAUUAAUGUCAUGAGUCAUUUACUUACAUUAAGCCAGUGAUAGAGAUUCUGUCAACUCUGCAGACAGUCUAGCUGAAAGUGCUGUUCUUGUGAAUGUACUUUGUAUUCAGCCAAUUUUAGUACAAUAAAUGGACUUAUCAACAUCC